GGUAAUGCUGGUGGCAUGCAUCGCCACAGGAUCAACUUCGACAAAUACCACCCAGGCUACCUUGGGAAAGUUGGUAUGAGGCAUUACCACUUAAAGAGGAACCAGAACUUCUGCCCAACUGCCAACCUUGAUAAAUUAUGGACCUUGGUCAGUGAGCAGACUUGGGUAAAUGCUGCGAAGAACAAGACUGGAGCUGCUCCUAUCAUUUAUAUGGUGCUAUCGGGCUACUACAAAGUUCUGGGGAAGGGGAAGCUCCCAAAGCAGCCUGUCAUCGUGAAGCCCAAAUUAUUCAGCAGAAGAGCUGAGGAGAAGAUUAAGGAUGUGGGUGGGGCUUGUGUCCUGGUAGCUUGAAGCCACAUGGUGGAAGAUUCAUU